GUCAGAGUUAGUAAAUUGAAUGCGUUGGGCAAUUGGGAGCCAGUGAAGGGAUUGGCAGAGGGGGGAGGCAGAUGUGGAGCGGUUGGUGAGGUGAGGGGUGGAGGCCAGUGGAGGGAUUGGCAGAGAGGGAUGGAGGACACUGAGUGGAGGCCAGUGGAGGGAUUGGCAGAGAGGGAUGGAGGACACGGAGUGGAGGCCAAUGGAGGGAUUGGCAGAGAGGGGUGGAGGACACUGAGUGGAGGCCAGAGGAGGGAUUGGCAGAAAGGGAUGGAGGACACCAAGUGGAGGCCAGUGGAGGGAUUGGCAGAGAGGGGUGGAGGACACUGAGUGGAGGCCAGUGGAGGGAUUGGCAG